AUGGCCGCGGUCUAUGCAUGUCGCAUGGUCACCGAGAAUAACGGUGAGCCGUGCAGUCGUGGAACCGUGAUGGGGUGGGGGGCGAAAGCCCGUGUAUCCAUAAGAUCAGUCAAUGCAUCCAAAGGCGCUGCGCUUCGCAGUGUGAAACUCCCUGUGUUCAUCGUCUCCCUUGCGCUCUCUCUCUCUCUCGCGGUGUGCGCGGUCACCACCUGCCGGUGUCGCGUCGUCACCGAGCUCCUCGCCGGAGCGUCGGUUCCAACAUUCUGGUAUCGGAGCCGGUUUAUGUACGCAGGUGGAUCCAUCAGUCCGCCGCGUGAACCACCGAGGAAAGUGAGAGUGAUCCCGAGGAGAUCGGCGCCGGAGAAGAUGACUGGAGAAGGGACAUCAAGCUCUGGAUCCGGCGUCAAGGAAAGUUCGCUGGUUUGGCCCAUGCUGGAUCGAGCGAACUACGCCGAGUGGGUGAUGAUCAUGCAGUGCAAUCUGGAGGCGUUGGAGAUCUGGCAUGCGAUCGAUCCAGGCACCAACGUGAAGCGCGCGCAUGAUCGUCAGGCCAUGGCGGCGCUCCUGCGUUCUGUGCCGCGCGACAUGUGGCAGAUGCUGGGGCGGAAGAAGACGAUGAAGGAGGCCUGGGAGGCGGUUGAGACAAUGUGUCUCGGCGCUGAUCAGGUCAAGGAGGUGAAGGCCUAG